AUGGAGCAAAAAGCUGAUCUUAGCGAAGUUGCCUCGUUUGAUGCUUCUAAGCUUAAGCAUGUUAAGACGGUGGAGAAGAACACGCUUCCAUCAAGCGAAAGUAAGACGAAGACUAUCGUUGUACCAUAUGUUAUCUGCACCACUCAAGAAUUUGGCUUACUUCCUUUGAACGAAAUCAAACGAAUAUUCGUCAAUAUUUCAGUUCUUCAUCACUUAACGUAGCUAAGUAAAAAGGGCUUGUUUGAGCCAAAACGUUGGCGCAAAAUGUGAGUUAAUCGCAAGGCUUAUAAUUCCAGCAUUGUGGAAUGGAAUCAGCUGUGGUAUAGUUUGCUUCUUAUGCAGCUCUAUGAAACGCUUUUGUUUUCAUGAUGGAAGCUGAUUACUGAUGAUGUUGUUUUUUCGUAGCUGUGAAGCAAGAAUUACAACCAGAUGAGUUCCCCGAUAGAUCUGAGGUGAAAAGUUUUGACACCUCCAAGCUCAAGAAGACACACACUGAAGAAAAGAACCCACUACCUUCAAAAGAAAGUACGAUUAAUUGUUUUCUAACCGCUAAUGUAGUAUUGUUUAUUUCAGUUUCAAUUAGAAUGGACACGAAAAUGUUUUGUUAAGCUUCUUUCCUUAUCAUUGCAAGCUUCAUUUAUUAUUCACCCAAUAUUUUGUUAUUUCGAUCUUCAGCAAUUGCCGAAGAACAUCGCACUGCGCCAUUUUCUGGAGUGGAAGUUUUCAACAAGAAUUUGCUGAAGCACGUGGAAACUGAGGAAAAAACCCACCUUCCGACUCCUCAAGGUUAGUUUAAACUUUCCUUCUCCGAAACCCGAAAAGGUUUCGUAUUAAAUGCAGCUCCUACUGCCAGAUAAAUAUCACUUAAACCCCACUCGAGCUGUAUAAAAUAUUAAUUUUGAGGCUCGCACGUAGCACUCCAUGAUCGUGCUGUUAUGCUUAUGACCUCGGAAGACUUUCAAAACAUAGUUUUUUUCUAUGUCACGUUUAGAGGCAGUAGACAAUGAGAGUUAUUUUCAAUGGCUGACAAAGGCUUUUCCGCUCGAAAAAAUUACGUGCGAUCAGUCCGCGUUUCACGUCACGAUCAUCACUUCCCAAACGUAUUCGAUUUUUAGUUGAAUCUUGGCUCAUGUAAUUUGAGACUAGAGAAAAAUGUGCACUUUUUUGACAUUUUAAUUUGGCUUAGUUACCGGAAAUGAACAUAAAAGCGAGUUUACUAGUGGGGCAUGAAUUCUGUCGAAUAACCAUUGCUAAAUGUCCUACGUAAAAAAAGAUAUAACAAAUAUCCUCUUGGCUACAGAAUGGUCUGUAGUCAACCACAUCCUUUCCUCGCUUCCUAUCUUUAAAAGUUUCCUGUUCGUCAACAGCUGCAUACUUUUAAGGCGUAUUUCUAUUUUUUAAGCUACGAAAUCUAGCUCGCUAUGUCUGCAAUUUGCACUGAAAUGCGUCUAAGGUUUAAUAUGCAUAGUAUGCUAAGUAUCAGCUGCAUAGCGAGAAUUUGAUCACUUUAUCAUAACAAAGACUCUAAGAGUUUUGGAUUCUGGAAAAUUAUUGUUAUAUUGCCUUACCAACUAAGACAAUAAUUUCACAUUUAAAUAGAUUUUUUUGUUUUUAUCAGUCAGAUUGUAGUCCAUAUAAGGUCAUGACAGUUAAGAAUUGUGCUACAUAAAUUAAAAUAGAUAAUUUGAAUAGCUAAAUUGUUGCUGUUUAUAGGGUAACCAAGGAUUAUUGCUGAUAGUUGUAUGCUCUUCCAAAUAAUAGAUUCCUUUUGACUGUCCCGCAAGGUCGAUCAAAAGCAAAUUUCUCCUUAUAUAUCAGAAUUAACUUGAUCAUAAAGUUAAUGAGAAUUUGAAGUAUAAUCAGCCAAAAUCUUCUUGUUAUAUCAAUGACCUUCAAACUCUGUCCUGUGCUUGGGUCAUGACAAGUAUUGCAUUUUUUCUAGAUCUUCGUGAGGAAAUGCGACCAGACAGUCUACCAGACGUAUCUGAAGUUGCAAGCUUUGAUGCAUCUAAAUUGAAGCAUGUUGAAACAAAGGAAUCUAAUGUGCUUCCCAGCAAGGAAGGUAAUAAUUUGUUUGUUUGGUUGUUCUGAAGAUGCACAUUACCUCAGGUGUGUUGUAUAUGUUGUAAUGGCUUUUUCUGUUAAUUCAUUACUUGAAAUUACUUGAACCAGUCCAUUUGCUACAACUCUUCCACCUCACUAAGUUUUGCAAGAUGUUGCCCCAUUGUGCUAUAUACAGCUAUUUCGAGAAAGGUUGUCGGAAAAAGUGCAUGUGACAAUCCCGAAAGGUAUUGUGGGUGGUUUUGAGUUCACUGUUCUUCAAAGAAAUUUGAGAGAAUGGCACGAGAGGCCAUGGAUAUAUGUUUGCGAAUGCUAAAGGAAAUUAACAAAAGUAGGCUCAAUGGCUACAGUGUAAGGAUCAGUGAAUUGAUCAUAUCCCAUAUUUUAUUACCUUUCAGGAUUGUCCUGUGCACAUUUUUUCUGACAACCUUUCUCGAAAUAGCUAUAUAUGUUUCUUUAACUUCCUCAAGUUACUUGGGUGUUUGUUUUUUCUAGUCUAGCCUGGUAAUGCUGCAUGCCCGCUUUUAUAGCGUGUGGCUAAUAAUAAUAAUAACAAUAAUAAUAUUGUCCUUUGUUUACCCUUUGCAGUAUUUUAUAACACUGAAACAGAUCAUUCAAAUUAAACUUAACAGGGUUAAGAACCCCAACUGGCCGAAGGCAAACCAUUUCGCUAUUUACAAGCGUGGUCAAGGAUUUGAACUCAGGACUACCAUGAACAAAUCCAGCAAGCGGUCAGAUCGGGACUUGAACACGGGGCCUCCGAAUUGCGAGUCCAGUCAUAAUAUACUUAUUGAUCAUAUCGUUACUUUUCUCUGUUAAGUUAUCAGAGAGGAAGCGAUCGACUCCAGGGCAGAAGUGAAGUCUUUCGACAAAAGUCACCUCAAACAUGUUGAAACUGAAGAAAAACAUUUUAUGCCCUCCGCACAAGGUAAUGAUUUCAAAACAUUACAGCUUUAAUAAAAAUGGACGGUGACCAUGGUGUGACCAUAUAAGUGAAAGCUACUGAGCAGUACUUGCCUGUGGUACUGUUUAUUAUGCUGUACAAGGUGGUUCUAACUUUUGAAUCUGUGGAUGAAAUCCUAUGGUGUGAUCAUUCAAAUGAAAGCUAUUGAGCAGUACUUUCCCGUGGUACUGUUUAUUAUGCUGUAAGGGGUGGUUCUAACUUUUGAAUCUGUUUAAAAAGCACUUAUAAUAACCACUACUCUCAAAUGGCUCUUUUUUCCAAUAUUUGCACAGUGAAAUUUGGAAUUUGUCUUGAAUGUUGCUUUUCCUCGCUACUGCAAGCUGAAUUGUGAACAUUCUUUUCUUCCUUUAGAUCUCACGGCUGAUAGAAUGCCACCUGCAAAUAAACGUCCUGACCGUUCAGAAGUGACCAGUUUUGAUCAGAGCAAACUAAAUCAUGUACCCACUACAGAAAAGGUUAUCCUUCCUAGUAAAGAAGGUAAAACAUCCUUACAUCAAAAAUUUAAAUUCUCAUUUGUUGUCUUUUCACAAUUUCUAUAGACAUGAUAGGGAGAAGUUGAGUUCAUUAAUCAUCUUGUGUGAUCAUGUUCUUAAAUUGCUCUGACCACCUCUUUUUAAUAAAGAAUUGUUAUUGAAGGGAGAAAAUUGAUGCUGAUCACAGCUCUUAAGGUGAUUUGUUACACUGGACAAUUCUCAACAACAAUUUUUAGCGCAACACAACAUUGCGACAUUGUUGCAGCAUUGUUUCAAAGAGCUGCAACAUUGUUCCAACAUUGCAACGCAGUGCUCUGUUAAAAAUCGUCUUUGCAAAUUGUCCUGUUUAACAUCUCCUUUGUGGCUUAAAUUUCCAUUUCAAGGGCUUUGUUUCUGGGAUUUUCUUGUUUUUGAGGGGAACUAAGCAAAUAAUGCAAGUACAUGAGUUCAAUAUGGAUGUUUUCUUUGUUAUUUGCAGACAUUGAUGAGGAAGCAAAAGAUUCCAGAGUGGAGGUCAAAACAUUUGACAAAAGCAAGUUAAAACAUGUGGACACCAAAGAAGAAAACAUGCUCCCCGGAGCCGGAGGUGAAACAUCAAAUUUCUCUGUUUCCUACUUAAAUUAACACUAAACUAACAUAGUUAGAUGUAAUGAAGGGGACACUUGACAGAUCCUACCAUGUGCCACAAACAAGUAUGUCUGUGAGCCAUCACCGAAAUCUUUGCCCUGGGCCCCCACUUGAAAUGUGAAUAGCCUGUUAAAAAAGCCAAUGCCAAUCAGGUUUAAGGGAAAUACUCAAAGGAUGAUUAAAUUUAAACCAAGAAUGAAAUUGAACAAUGAUGUAUUAAUCAAAAUAUCUUAUUUCAAAAGUGUGGACUCCAAAUGAAGUGUGAUAAGCAAUCCCAAAGUUAUUUCUUGUUUAAUGUGUUGUAUUUGAGUAGGCUAACAGAAAAAAACUGAGCUUACAAACUGUUGUUCUAAUAAGUCAAUCAUUUUUAUCAGAUAUUCGUGCAGAAAUGAUGCCAGAUGAGCUUCCUGACCGCUCAGAAGUUAGCAAGUUUGAUCACUCAAAGCUCAAGCAUGUGAAUGUGACUGAAAAAGUAAUCCUUCCCUCAAAAGAAGGUAAACCUAGAUCAGGGUUUUUCUUUUUUUCAGUUAUGUGUUGAAUGAGAUUUGUCACUGAGAGUUAUAUCUGCUUGAAAUCCAACAAAAGUGCUUGUCAGUGGAAGUCUACUAUGCAGUUAUUCUUCAGUCCCAUUAAAAACUAUGGGGAACAAGGACAAAUGGCUGUAUUCACAGGCUAUCUUCAUCCUUGUUGUGGUUGAUAUUGUCUGCUUUUAUGUCUUCAGAUAUCGAAGAGGAAGCUGCUGAUUCCAGAGCUGAGGUGAAGUCAUUUGACCAUUCAAAAUUAAAACAUGUUGAAACACAAGAGAAGGUCACAUUACCUGGGGCUGGAGGUUUGUAUUCUUAGGCCUACAAUCACAGACAACAGUAGUUGGAAAGGUUGUACAACUUAACAGUAGUCCAUUUUAAUCCUCAAAAAAGAGAGUUUUCUCUUUUGCUAAUUAUCCCCUUCCCCUAUAUUCAAUGUUGGGAUACAACAGAACAGUCACCUACACAAACAUUAACGUUUUGCUCAACAUUGGGUCGGGGGCGGGGGAAGGAAGAAAAAAAAGAGGUAAAAAAAGCAACCUUCCACUUUUGAUGAUGAUUGUAGUUCAGAUGCUGUGCUGUGCAAGUACUUAACAGUGGGGUGAUUCUGUUUUUGCUACUCUACCCAUGUUGGAGAACAGAAGAUGCACUAGGAGAAGACUGUAAUCAGAGUUCUUUCUUCUCUUGUCCCAGUGGGUACCCUUUCUCCAGCAUGGCAGUUUUGAACCACAUGAAGGGCCUCUUACCCUACCUUGGAGCUUUAAAAACUCUGUUGUGUUGUAGCUUAUUUUUCUUUUGCUUAUCCCUUUCUCCAUGUAGAUAUCAGAGCAGAAAUGAUGCCUGACGAACUACCAGAUCGCUCUGAGGUUUCAUCGUUUGAUCAUUCCAAACUGAAACAUGUUGAAACUCAAGAAAAGGAAGUCUUACCAACCAAAUCAGGUUAGUGGUAAACAGAUAUUCAGGUAAAUGUUCUUCUGCUGACAGUUGGCCAACAUACAAUGACUAACAGUCAAUAACAAAAUAUGACAAUCUAUAACCCCUUAUAUGAACCAGUAGAAAGAUACCUGGAGGAGAUGAGGAUGAAGUGAAAUAAAGCAUAGUAUUCUGGCAACAUCCUUCAAGCAACAAACCAACAGAUUGCUGACAGUAAACACUUCUUUCUUAGACAGACACACAGACAUCCAAAAGUGGUCAUAUUGAAGUGUUGGUUGUUUAUUUGCAAAUGUACAGUGGGAGUCUUCCUUCACUUCUGCUGACUAUUAAUUUGUGUACGUUUUUUAUCAGUCAUCGACGAGGAAAAAGCCGACUCCCGAGCAGAAGUAAAAUCGUUUGACAAAUCACAAUUAAAGCAUGUUGAAACAGAAGAGAAAAACCCAACCCCCACAGCACAAACAUUAAGAGAGGAACUGGUGCCAGAUGAACUACCAGACAGAUCAGCAGAAUUAAAGGAGAUUCAAGGAUUUGACCCUGCUAAAAAACUUAAACAUGUAGAAACUGCUGACAAAACACAUCUUCCCACUAAAGAAGGUAUGAUUGGAUGCUCUAAAAGAUCUGAGUAAAAGAGUGAUUCUUUUUAAAUUGAAUUAAUCCUUAUUAAUCCUUUACGCCCCGAUGUCUACUUGCAAAUUCUCCAGUCUGAUCUGAUCUCCAUACAUUUUUUGAAGAAUUAGCUGAGAGAAUUUGAUAAGAAAUUAAAUUUAGAUUAGAUUCAAAUAAAGGGAGUAAAGAGAGGCAGGGACCAACUGUAGGUGUUCAUUUUAUUUAAAUAAUGGGAGAAAAGAAAGGCAGGGGUGUCCAGGUGUCCAUCCUGUGGUGUCCAUGUUUAAAAAAGGGAGUAAAGAAAGGCAGGGAAAUAAAAGGAGUGUCCAUCUUACAGAGAUCCAAAUAAUGGGAGAAAAGAAAGGCAGGGACCAACUGUAGGUGUCCAUGUUACAGUGGUGUCCAUGUUAUAGAGAUUUAAAUAAAGGGAGUAAAGAAAGGCAGGGACCAACAGUAGGUGUCCAUUUUACUGAGGUGUCCAUGUUACAGAGAUCCAAAUAAUGGGAGAAAAGAAAGGCAGGGACCAACUGUAGGUGUCCAUCUUAUAGAGGUGUCCAUUACAAGAGAGUUAACUGUAUUUUUAAAAAAUUCUUUCAGAAAUCAAGGAGGAGGCUAAAGAGACAAGGGCAGAAGUAAAGAGUUUUGAUCACUCAAAGCUGAAACACGUUGAGACAGAGGAGAAAAAUCCACUUCCUAAACAAUCAGGCAAGUGUGCUUUGUUCUGA